CUGGCGUCUAGGUUUCUCCCGGAGGCCCCGGUGUCUCCUUCUCAGACUCCGUAGCGCCGAGCUCUGCCCCGGUCGCGGGAAUCUCAGGGAGGACACCGGCCCACCCUGGGAACCGGAAGAUGGAUCCACUGGUCUUUGAAGAUGUGGCUGUGAACUUCACUCUGGAGGAGUGGGCUUUACUGGAUCCUUCCCAAAAGAAUCUGUACCGAGAUGUGAUGGAAGAAACCUUCAGGAAUCUGGCUUCUAUAGGAGAAAAAUGGGAAGAUGAGAACGUUGAAGAUCAGUAUGGAAAUCCCAGAAGAAAUCAAAGGAGUCAUAUUUUAGAAAGACUCUAUGAAAGUAAAGAAGGUGGUCAGUGUGGAGAAACCUUCAGCCAAAUUCCAGAUCACAUGCUGAACAAGAAAACUCCUCCUAUAGUAAAGCCAUUAGGAAGCAGUGUGUGUGGAGAAGUUGGCAUGAGUCAUUCAUCCCUUAAUAGGCACAUCAGAUCUGACAGUGGGACCAAACCAAAUGAGUAUCAGGAAUAUGGAAAGAAGCCAUAUAAACGUAAGCAAUGUGAAAAAGCUGUCAAUUAUCACCACUCCUUUCCAGCACGUGAAAGGACUCAGUCUGGAGGGAAACCCUAUGAUUGUAAGGAAUGUGGAGAAACCUUCAUUUCCCUUGUAAGCAUUCGAAGACACAUGGUAACACACAAUGGAGGUGUACCUUAUAAAUGUAAGGUGUGUGGGAAAGCCUUUGACUAUCCUAGUUUAUUUCGGAUACAUGAAAGAAGUCACACUGGAGAGAAACCCUAUGAAUGCAAGCAAUGUGGGAAGGCCUUCAGUUGUUCCAGUUACAUCCGAAUACAUGAAAGGACUCAUACUGGAGAUAAACCCUAUGAAUGCAAGCAAUGUGGGAAAGCCUUCAGUUGUUCCAAGUACAUUCGAAUACAUGAAAGGACUCACACUGGAGAGAAACCUUACGAAUGUAAACAUUGUGGUAAAGCCUUUAGAUGUGCCAGUUCUGUUCGAAGUCAUGAAAGGACUCACACAGGAGAGAAACUUUUUGAAUGUAAGGAAUGUGGGAAGGCCUUGACUUGUCUUGCAAGUGUUCGAAGACACAUGAUAAAGCACACUGGUAAUGGACCUUAUAAGUGUAAGGUAUGUGGCAAAGCCUUUGAUUUUCCCAGUUCAUUUAGAAUACAUGAAAGAACACACACUGGAGAGAAACCUUAUGAAUGUAAGGAAUGUGGGAAAGCCUUCAGUUGUUCCAGUUCCUUUCGAAAACAUGAAAGAAUUCACACAGGAGAGAAACCCUAUAAAUGUACAAAAUGUGGGAAAGCCUUCAGUCGGUCCAGUUACUUUCGAAUACAUGAAAGAACUCAUACUGGAGAGAAACCCUAUGAGUGUAAGCAAUGUGGGAAAGCCUUCAGUCGAUCCACUUACUUUCGAAUACAUGAAAGAACUCAUACUGCAGAGAAACUCUAUGAGAACCCUAACCCUAGCCCUUCAGUUGUCCCAGUUCCUUUUAUAAGCAUGAAUGGAGUCACACUGAGAGAAACUCUAUGAAAGUAAGAAUUUUAGACAAUUCCUCUCAGUUUCUUUUGAAUGCAUGAAAAUAUUCACAGCAGAGAAAGACCCUAUGAGAUAAUUGGCUUUGAAUUAUGAGAAGCUUGGAUCUCUGAAUUGUCUUUCGUCAGUGUUGGUAGUGUUAGGAACUAGAUUUACCAGAAUCCAUUGCACUUAUGAUUCCUUGGUACAGUUCACUAGUAACUAUCUUCCAUGAGAUUUGAAAGGCAGAAGUGAAGAAGGCAUUAGUCACAGUUUCAAGACACCAUCCAGGGAGACAGCCAGAUUCAUGCAAGCUGUGCAAACACCUGUUUACAGCCCAUUUUUCCUGAUUCUUUGGCUUGCCAAUCAAGAGUAUCCUUAAACUACUUGACUUCCAUUUUCUUGGAGGUACAUGUCUCCAGAAGUCCUAGACUGAGUAUCCUCAAACUCCUGGCCUCAAGUGAUCCUCUGGUUCAGCCUCUUGACUUGCUAGGAUUACAGGUGUGCACCACCAUGCCUAGCCCCACACUGAACAUCCAUCUGCACUGUGGUUUGCCUUCAGACAUUAUCCGUGGUUGUGUACUAGGCAACCAAUUUAGACUGACACGAUUGGGAGUAUAUUCUCCAAUACUUAACUCACCUAGUCUAUAAACUGAAUUGAUAUAAGGUCUAAUUUGUGUAGUAAGCACCUUUGUUCAUACUGGUAGUGACUGUUCCUGAUUGAGCAUGACAGCUACAAUGCUACCAUCAAAACCAACUAGAUGGGAGCUUGUUCCUGUACAGUGACUGGUCUCAUCCUGUACUUUCUUGUAAGAGUAAGCGUCUUCUUAUCUUUAAGACUGUGGGUGUUUCCUGUCACAGCUGAAUGUAAUAUCUCAAUUUAUCUUCAGUUAUGUUUGAUUGUAUGUGAUGAAAAACAAUAUGAAUUUUUUAUUCAAACAAGGUUUUUGUGCAUGUUUCUUAGAAAUAUUUUAUGAACUGUUUUCACUCUUGGAAGUGGUCAAGUUUAUAAUUUUAGCAAGUUAUUUGUAAAACAUUGUGAAGUCAGUAUUACCAUGUGCAUACAAUAUCAGGAAUUUUUUUCUCAUGUAAAUGUUACUUUUCAUGCUUAUAUAGUUACAACUUUUAUCUUGAUAGGAAUUUGUCAUGUACUCGCAAUAUCAAAAUUAAAUCAUACUGUUGUGUGUGCCUUCUUGCUAGAGACCAUAACUAUUUCCAAAAGGGUAUAAUAAAUUGUAGUAAUAAUUAAGACCACAAAUCAUAAAUGAUUGUGUGGUUUAUCAGUAAGAGAGUACUCAGAAGAAUUACUUAUAAGAUUUGUUCUUUUUUUUUCUUUUUUUUUUGUAGUUUUUGGCCAGGGCUGGGUUUGAACCCACCACCUCCGGCAUAUGGGCCCAGCGCCCUACCCCUUUGAGCCACAGGCACCACCCCAAGAUUUGUUCUUAUUUUAGGUUGAUUCAUUUCUAUUCAAGGAAGGAAGUCAUUUUUAUGUAUUGGAUGCAGUGAAAGGUAAACUUAGUUCUAUCCUUGGUAAUCAUAAUCUUACCUGGAAGGGAGAAGGCAUAGAGUAGAGGUAAACCUAAUUCAUGAGAAAUAACCAGUGAGUCACGUUAUUGAGAAGAGGGGAAAUUUGUGUCUUUUUUAUGAUUUGGAAUAUGUUCUUUCCACCAGUUUCUUUUUUUAUUAAAGAUUACUUUUUUCAUUAAUGAUGUUCUAGUACUAAGAAGUUUUACAGAAUUCCCUUGUAUUCAUCUUGAUCUUUCAUAAUCACUGGGGAGGAUUAUCUCAUGUUGCAGAUAUGUGACAUGUUUAUCUUCAACCAUGUAAGACUUGGCCUUGUGUCUGGGCGAGGCUUAUGCCUGUAAUCCUAGCACUCUGGGAGGCUGAGGUGGGAGGAUCGGUGGUUGAGCUCAGGAUGCUGUGACCUAGGCUCACACAACAGCAUUUUAGCCUGGGCAAAAGAGUGAGUCUGAGACUCCGUCUCAAAAAAGAAAAAAAGAAAAGACAGCCUGGUGAGGAUAAACCAACUCUGGAGCUUUUAGGCCCAUUUUUGCUGUUAUUAUUUCUGAAUGCUUAAAUAUCUUUUACAAUGUGUCAGACACUCUUUUUUAUUGUGUACCUCGGGCAGCGCCUGUGGCUCGAGUAGGGUGCCGGCCCCAUAUGCUGAGGUUAGUGGGUUUGAGCCCAGCCCCAGCUAAAAACUGCAACCAAGAAAAAAAAAGAACCAUUGUGUACCUCAAUUGCAAUAUAUAAAUUUACUUAUUCCUUAGUAAGUUAUGUAAUACUUUAUAAUGGCUCUUCUUUAUGAAAGCUGAAUGAGGCCAAUGCGUUUGGGUAAAUUGUUGGAAUACAAGCCUAGGAAGGAAUGAAGUUAGCAUCGCCAUUGCAAUCAAAUCUUUCUUGCUCAGAUAACAUGCUUUUUAUCCUAAUUUGACCACUGUCCUCUUAAGCCAGGAUUGUAAAGUAAAAAGCAACAUGCAAAAGUUAGUUAUAUAUUUGUACACUAGCAUGGAGUAAUCCAGACACUUCGUUGAAGAUAUCCAGCAAGCUCCUGUACAGAAAAUUCCUGUUGAAACUCCUCAGAGUCCAGGAGAGCAGCAGUGACCAAGCCCUGCCUAUAUGUGGAGAUGACAUAUUUGGGCCCAGGUAAUGUCCCACAUGAGUGAAGGGUGGCUCCAUUGGCUGUCAGAUAGUAGAGGGAGUCAAGUGGAUGGAAGAGAUGGCAAUGUCAGAGUAUGAUGCUCCUGAUACCAACCAGCAUCUUAUCUUUCUCCCUUGAAGGCCAAAUCCAGUUAUAGCACUUGCCACAGAAUAGGAACACCACUACAAACAUGAUUCUCCAAAGCAUGCAUGUGGCUGUGUUAGGAUGACUGUUGGAGCAUAAGGAAUUAUGGAAGUACAGAGUGAGGGCAUAAUAGGACACAGCCAACAGCCUGGUUAUUGGCUUUGACUAUGGAAGUAUCUUGAAGCUUUACAAAAUCCCAGCAAUCACCCCAGAGAGGACCUUGAUUGAAGUACUGGCCCAAUGAGUGUUAAUAAGCCUGGAAGCUCACCGCUUUUGGAAGGCAGUGAUGUUUUUUCUAUUUUAGUUCUGAUGCUUACAGGUGUGUCCAACCUGCAGCUCACGAGUCUUGUGCAGAUUAUAGGAGGACUUUUUUGCUUAUCUGUGGUGGCAGAUAACAUGAAAAUUAUACAUGGAUCUAUUCUUUUGUUCAUCAGCGUUUGUGUAUUUAAUGUGUGGCCCAAGACAACUCUUCCAGUAUGGCACAGAGAAGCCAGAAGUUUGGACACCCCUGAUAGGGCAUAUGCUGUUCUGUAUCUGGUUAGAAAAGCAACAUUGUGAUUUGUGAGUCUUAGCAAUUUAGAAUCAAAAGUUAUUUUGGUGCUUCCUUUUGGUCGAAGAUGCCAUCUUCUGGUAAUUCACCAGAAUGAUGAACUCAAGGAAAAGAGGAGAGGCACUGAUGUGCGUUCUCUAGGCCUUUCAGAAAACAUGGAGUUGUUCCUUUGGCCACAUACACGCAAAUCUAGUAGAUGUCAAGAGUAUGGGUACUACAGGCAUGCCAAAAAGGCAUGCUACACAGAUGUCACAGGGCAAAACUGGAAGAGCCUGUAGUGUUCCCCAGCAUGCUGUUGGCAUUGUUGUAAACAAAAGCAAGAUUCUUGCCAAGGGGAUUAAUGUUGGUGUUGAGCAUAUCAAGCACUCUAAGAGCUGAGAUGGCUUACUGAAACAUGGGAAGGAAAAUGAUCAGAAAAAGAAGGAAGCCAAAGAGAAAGGUGCCUAGGUUCAACUGAAGUGCCACGCAGAAAAGUUCACUGUGAAAACCAGCAGAAAGGAGAUGGAGCUGCCAGAACCUAUUCUGUAUGGAUUUACAGCAUAAUAGACAUUCAGCGUAGCACACCGGAGAACCAGUUGAAAGGAGCAUGAGGUGCUGGAACUUACAGCCUAUGAAUUCAUGGAAGAAUAAUAGGUGUAAAAAAAUAAAUGGCUACUGUAAAAAUAUUACUCUUCGUUGAAUAGAAGGGUGGUGUCCCCUUCCUCAAAGAAAUGUUUAAAGCAAAAAGAAUUUUUUAUUGUUUCAGGUUAAUUAAGGAUACAAAGAAUUAGGUCACAAUGUUUGUAUUUGUUAGGUAAAGUCCCUCUUAUAAUUGUGUCCCUAAAUCUUACUUUAUUUAUUUAUUUUUUUUGAGACAGAGUCUCACUCUGUUGCCCCAGGGUAGUGCUGUGGCAUCAAAGCUCACAGCAACCUCAAACUCUUGGGUUCAAGCAAUCCUCUUGCCUCGGCCUCCCAAGUAGGCGGCUGCCACAAUGCCCAGCUGUUUUUAAGAGAUGGGUCUUGCUCUUGCUCAAGCUGCCCUUGAACUCAUAAGCUCAAGCAAUCCACCCGCUUUGGCCUCCCAGAGUGCUAGAAUUACAGGCAUGAGCCACCUUGCCCACCCUGCCUCACAUUUUUAUUUAUUUAUUUUAUUUAUUACUAAAUCAUAGUUGUGUACAUUAAUGCAAUCAUGGGGCACCAUUCACUGGUUUUAUACACAUUUGACAUAUUUUCUUUUCCUUUUUUUAUUGUUGGGGAUUCAUUGAGGGUACAAUAAGCCAGGUUACACCGAUCAUUUGACAUAUUUUUAUCACACUGGUUAACAUAGCCUUCCUGGCACUUUCUUAGUUAUUGUUGCCUCACAUUUUUAUUUUUAUUUUAUUUUAUUUUAUUUUUUAUUAUUAAAUCAUAGCUGUAUACAUUAAUGUGAUCAUGGGGCCCCAUACACUGGUUUUAUAGACCGUUUGACACAUUUUCAUCACACUUGUUACAAUAGCCUUCCUGGCAUUUUCUUAGUUAUUGUGUUAAGACAUUUAUAUUCUACAUUUACUAAGUUUCACAUGGACCCUUGUAAGAUGCACCACAGGUGUAAUCCCACCAAUCACCCUCCCUCCACCCAUCCUCCCCCCUCCCUCCACUCUCUCUCCCCCUUCCCACUAUUCUUAGGUUAUAACUGAGUUAAUAGCUUUCAUGUGAAAGCCAUAAAUUAGUUUCAUAGUAGGGCUGAGUACAUUGGAUACUUUUUCUUCCAUUCUUGAGAUACUUUACUAAGAAGAAUAUGUUCCAGCUCCAUCCAUGUAAACAUGAAAGAGGUAAAGUCUCCAUAUUUAUUUAAGGCUGCAUAAUAUUCCAUGGUGUAAAUAUACCACAAUUUUUUAAUCCAUUCAUGGAUUGAUGGGCACUUGGGCUUUUUCCAUGACUUAACAAUUAUGAAUUGG